AACUCUCUCUCUUUUUUAACAGAAAAACUGUUUAAUGUACUGAUUGCGUCCAGGGUAACCAAAGAUCAAAAUGUCUAAACGUCGUUUCAAUCCGUCUGAUGAGGACAAGAUUCCAAUUGUUGAGAAGCUAUACAGGCAAAACCAACCAUCUUUCCAAGCAGCUGGUGGUUUUAUGGACGAUGAUGACGAAUAUCAACAGCGAAGAGAAGAAAUUUCGGAAGCAAAACAAAGAAGGGCUGACGCAAAGUUUGCCAGUCAAGAAAUUCCCGAUAACUGCAUCAAGUGUGAUAAACCAAUGUUUGAUUCGUGGCUAUGGGAACGCUAUAACCAUCCAGUUUGCGAUGGAUGCAGGGAUGACCUUGGCGAACACAAGCUUAUUCCACGAACUGAAGCCAAGGCAAACUAUCUCCUCAAGGAUUGUGACCUCGAUAUACGUGAACCUCCGCUACGGUUUUGGGCAAAGAAGAAUCCACACAAUCCUCGUUAUGGCGAUAUGAAAUUAUAUCUGAAAUGUCAGGUAAUUGAUCGAAUGUUAGAAAUUUAUGGCAGCUGGGAAGAAUUUGAGGCUGAGAAAAAGUUGAGAUCAACGCAAAAAGAAGUUAGGGCUGAGAAGAACUUCGAGAAAAAAGUGAAAGAAAUGAGACAACAUAUACGAGGCCUCUCUGGUGUAAAAAUCCGUCAAGAAAAAGCCCAUGAGCAUGUUUAUGGCGAGGAAAAGUACGAUGAAGCUAAGGAUGAAUACUCGAAGGAAUGUCUAGAGUGCGACUAUGUGCUAACUUACGAAAAAAUGUGACGGUUCAAGGUUUUACGGGGUUUGGAAAGACUAUCUUCGUUACCUCGUAGGGCAUUACCCCUCUACUAACAAAUUCUUAUCUCGCUUGUUAAUUACUUUUCUUAGCAUAUGUUUUGGAAGACCUUUGACUCAGCUCAACCCGGUAACUUAUUUCUAGUGAGCGUUUCAGUCAUUUUGCAUUUCACUUUGAGUUUGGUGAUCUGUUUGUAUGUCAGAUCACUAUUAUUUUCAGCGCCUUGGAUAAGAUUGAUAGAGUGCAUCUUUCGACCUUGUGUAACUGUAAUAGCUUGC